AUGAAUGGAAAUGUUUUAGGGACGUUGGGGAUACCAUUGAGGCUUGUUUUCGAGGGAGAAUUUGACGUAGAGAUGCAGGCAAAGGCGGUUAAAAGGAUAGAGGAGAAGACCGCAUUCAGGCUUAAAGAGAGCAAAGACAUGGAUGUCUUGAUGCAUGAAACGGUGAAUGACGUGUCUUCAACAAUGGAUAUCUUGAGGAACGCCUUGGGAAAAGGACUUUUUGGGGAAAGGUUCGCCUUUCUGGAUAUGGUUGACGUAUUUGUAUGUCAUGAAAAGAUCAGCGUUGAUGAAAUGUCCAGGCAUUAUGUAUCUAUUGACGAGGUCAUGGGGGAAGAGAUCGAGGAGGUAUUCAGAAGAAUUGUGGAUCUUGAGGGUAGAAGAAGAGUCGAAAAGCAAUCGAGCGGAUGGAGUUUCAAGUCACUGGCAGAUGUCUUUAAGAGCGAUCCAGAGAAUGACAAGAGAUCUGCGGAUGGAUUGUUUCUCUUGCAAAGAUACAAGGAGGCAUACAAGAUAUACUCAGGAUACCGAGGAGAUGAUGAGUUUUCGUGGUACUGCAUUGAAAUGUCUGUCUACUGCCUGCUUUUGUCGAAGAGGCCUGUUCCGCGAGGCAUUCUAAGUUAUCUGAGGCCGCUUCAGCCUGCACACAUAUGUCUGAUCAGACUGAUGAGCAUUGUUGUGGAUCUAAGAAGUGUCCUAGCGCUAGAAAUGCUAUCCCUGCUUCUGCUAGGAUCUCCAUUCAGGGCUUUUGCCCAGGAAGCCCUGGCUCUGGCUCUUGAUGGAAAGGGGUACUGCAGAAAGAGGAUUGGAUUGUGGUUUGAUUCAGCCUUAGAAUUCCACAGGAUGGGGUUUCUGGACAGGUCUGCGAGAUGCUGCGAGCGCUUUCUUACCCUCACAAACCCUAUUUUCAGUGAAAAGAAUUUGUCCAGCCUCACAAGGAACGCACUGGUUUGCUCUAACAGAUACAUCAAGGAAACUCUUGAGUCUCUGGAAAGAAGCGACGGCCCAGAUCCUGAAGACAAGCAUGCCCGGAGCGACAGAGACGGGGUAGUUGUGUACAGGAAAUACGGAGGAUCCAAGUGUGAUUUUCAGGGUUCAGUGAAUGUUAUAGAGUCUGUCUUUGCAGAAUACCACAGCAAAGGCCUUGUAAGUGUCCUACGCAUCGGAGACAGCACCCCACGGGUUUUUCGCACAGAGAAGGGAAUUACGUUCGAAGGCCCAGGGAGAUUCGUCAUAGACCACGGGAUUUUUAAUAUUGGAGGGGUCGAGCGGAGAAUAGAGAUUGGUAUUCCGUUAGAUGUCCGGGAAGAUGUGCCUUUCAUGCAUGUAGAGACGGAUGAUGUCUGCGAGGUUCUUUGUGGGGAGCUGUAUUCUCUUUCCUGCAAGGCUAUUAGAAACCACAGUUCGAGUAUUAGGGUUUAUUUUGAUGACAGGGAGUUUACAACUGAGAGGAACAUAUUCAGCCUCGAAAUGGUGUUUCCAAGUGUGGGUACUUACGACCGCAGAGUCAUCCUGAGCGCCUGUGGAUGUACUGCAUACAGGGAUGUAAGGUUUGUUGUCAUUCCAUCGUUUUCCAUAGACAUCUUCAACUACAAGUACUGUCUUCCUCUACUAUUUUUGAAUAUCGAGAGCCAUCUCCCAAGAGACUCGAAAGUAAGAUCCUGUUUGGCAUUGAACAAGAGCCUCGAGGUUUCCGGGGUGGAUUCCGUUGAGCCAGCAGACUCUUACGAAAAGAAUGCCAUUGGAUAUUUUAGAAGAAACAUUGUUGGGACCAACGGCAAUGGUCUUGAUGAGUUAGCAAUGGUUAGGAAGGAAGACCCCACUUUAUCUAAGGAUCCUCAGCAACUUCUACAAGCUGUGGAGAAGUCCCCUCCUGCUGUGUCCGAUUUGCUCUUCAGCGACCUAAUGCCCAGCACGAGGAGUGAGACGACUAUUUUGGGGAAGUCUGUUUGUUCCUCACGUGUCUUUCUGAAGGCGAAAGUCCCCCUGAAGACGCUGCUAAACCCAAGGGAUGAGGACUCCAGUAGAAUGGGUGAGGAUGCAUCCCCAGUAGACAAAGUGUUGUUGCCGAGGCUGGGCUUCAAGAUGGCUUCUCGAAGCUCAGAAGGGAUGCGAGGAGCUCUUGUGGAUGGUUUCCAGGCUCACGAGAUGGCAAUGAAAAUAGAAAUUGAGGUACCACCUAGGAGGAUAUGUACAUUUAUAUUGGAAGGGGUGCUUGGGGCCCUUCUUUCGGGGCCAGAGGAUCGGUCAGAUGGGAGUACACCUAGGUCUAUGAAUCCAUUUGUUUACAUAACACACUUCUCGCCGAUCUGGUUGAACGAGCCUGCAAUAAUGUAUUUGUGCGUUAGCAACUACUACAAGGACCAUGCUCUGGACGUUGAGGUGUCAUCUCCUGUGAUAGCCAUAUGCAGUGAGGAUGCAGCAUUUAGCGUUGAAGAGCUCUCGUUUUCUCUCUUUGAGAUCCGGUCCGUAUUCAAGGAAAGAGGGAAGUAUGGGUCUGACGAUAUUAGGGUCUGUGUAAAGGUGGGAAGCGAGGAGGUUGAUCACGAAUGUUUGGUGGAACUCCCAUUUGUUUCGUAA